AUGGAUGAUAGUUCCCCGGAUCUGUCGCUUAAAUUGCGACGAGGGUCAAGCGAUUCCAGAGAGUCCUUUUAUAUGGACUUUGCCCAAGGAAUCGAUUCUGAUAUUGAAGAAGUGACAACAAUUGAAAGGAUUAUCCCAGAGCACCCCGGCGGUAGAGCGGAAGGCGACGCUGACACUCUUGCAACUCCCUCUGGGCUAGAAGACAAAGAUUUGUCGCAAUGCUGCUUCUCAAUCCCAGCAAACAACAUGUCUGGCGGGUUCCACGUCUCAAGGGGUACGUUCGGGGACUCGGAGAUGUCUGGCAGCAGCGCUCCGCCCCUCCCGAGCCCGGCGUCCGCGGGCGCCGCGCUGGUGUCCCCGGAGACGCUGAGCCGCCAUAGUAGCCCCCCGCCGAUACCAGCUCACCCUUCAUGCCAGCCAGCGCCUUCGUGUUCAUCCCAUCAUGUUCAUAUGGAGUCACCGUUGAGGUUACCCAGUCCACCAUCGCUUGGCACAUCCCUGUCUCUCCAGCCCGUGCUAUACGGCCAGUCUGACGGAAGCUCGCCCCGGCCGCCGCUGCCGCCAGCUAGACGCCCCUCCAGGCCAAACACUGCUAUCCCGAACAUGCAUAUUAUUAGCGCGAGCGAAGCUUUCGCAACAACACUUUCGGCUUUAUACGGAAAGCUACUGGUCGUGAUGGGUAUUGCAUUUCCUAUGGCUGAAGUUAUUUCUACAUACAUUCCACCAUCGUUUUAUGAGGGUUUUUAUUUAUACCUAUACAUCGGAAGCAUGGUAUUUCUUCUCUACAUGUACGCCGCAUUGCUUCGAGACAGAUCGCGUUCAGCGGCUGACACUACUGUUGUAGCAAAAUCAGACUCCAGUUCCUCUCAAUCGGAGUCGGAUUCUUGCUCGUCCCGCACGGAGCGCAGUACGGCUACUACGCACGUACAACCGCAGUUAUUGGCGAAACGACUCUCUUUGGGCUUCGCCCUCACGUCGAGAACGCACCAUUAUGGGAGCUUCUACUUGCGAAUGGGUGCCGUCGCGUUCGGUAUUGGGUCUAUGAUCUAUUCGGGUCUGGAGUUCGGUCAGUACUGGGAGCUGGAGAGGAAUACGAAUUGUCACAACGUGCUGCUCGCGCUGACGCCGGCCACUCGCAUGGCCUUCAUCUUUAUCCAGAUGUAUUUCAUCUUUCUCAAUAAUGAGAUGAAAGUAUACAAACACAAGAUAGUAGCUCGAUUCGGUCUCAUGCACAUGGUGGGGACGAACCUCAGCGUAUGGCUCAACGUACUCGUGCAAGAGACUAAGCAUGAGAUACUCACCUUCUACGAUCCUGAGAACAAGACCAUCGGGUUGUCCCAUAGACUUGCGUUCCAGAAAGCAUUUGCGUCGCUAUCAACCGAGGUACCUCCCUCCCACCCGGCUGCCGCACACCUCCGUGUGCCGCGCGGACUAAAAGGGCCCCACCACAUCUUCGAAUGUCGACGAACGAACAUCAUGGGAUCUUUGGUCCAAGACGCUUCACCCUUUCUAUUUCCUUGCACUAUCGAAUAUUCAUUGAUCUGUGCAGCCAUUCUGUACGUGAUGUGGAAAAACAUUUCAAAGUAUCCUUCGAAAGACGUCGCAGAGGCCAUUGCUAAAGCAAGAAUUCUAGAAGGUCUCGCAUAUAAGAAGUCUCCGCAUUUGUAUAGCGUCGAUUGCGCCAGAGCGCACAAAGGCCUGUUUUUCGGAAUUUUAGUCCUCGUGCUCACUAUCAUAUCUCUGAUUCUGUUUUUCGUCCUGGUCUCCAAAAAAGAUUAUGCGACAUUAGCAGUUGUAGAGGUUAACUUGUGUGAAUUAGCUCUAUAUGCGAUGACAACGAUAGCUAGUUUGGCGGGAAUGGUCUGCGUUCGUAACCUCAAGUACGAUGGGAACAGAAACCUUGAAUUGGACAAUAUCUUGCUCGUAGGAGCACAAACUGGCAUGUUCAUUUAUGGUACAUUCACAAUCAUCGGUGGACAUUUCACGAUCGAGAAGAACACAAUACUAAUAUUGAUUACAGCGCUAUCAUCUCUCAUACAGACGACAUGUCAGACAAUGUUCAUUUUAGAUGCAAGUCGAAGGUCUGCGAAGACUCCAGAACAAUUGCGCAAGAAGCCAGGACGGGAAAUUGUUACUUUCCUACUAGUGACCAAUUUGGCGAUGUGGGCAAUAAAUACCUUGGAAAAAUCGAGGGCUGAAUCCCAUCCUGUACAAUUGCAUUUCUACGGGCUCUGGGCUUGGACCAUAAUAACCCACGUAUCCAUGCCUCUAGCGAUUUUCUAUAGAUUCCAUUCGACUGUAUGUUUGUGCGAGAUUUGGAAAAGAGCCUACAAAAUGAAACCAGCGUACAUGUAGCAUACGACGCCAAACGAAAACCUUCACAAGCUUAAUGAAUACUUUUAAAGUAAACAUCGCAUAGAUGUUAGUGCCAUAGGAAUCUGAUGGAUUCGUUAUUGUAAGUCUUAAGCAUUUCAUAUUAGAUCACUUCACUUCCCAGUGCACUUAUUUGUUCCGACGUUGGUAACGUUAAGUUGAGAAUAAGAUGUUUAAUGUUAUUUAUUUGGUAGCUUUAUCAGACGCUUUAAUUACCAUAGUACUCCUGUUGAUAUUUUAGUCUCAGUAUUUUGCAUUUAGAACGGGUUGGAAUGAUUUAGCGUUAUUUUGUUAGUGUAAUGACGAUCUUGGAUCAACUAUUCAAUAUUCUGAAACAUUAAAUUGUAUUUAAUGUUCCCUUUUUGGUUAGUUGUUCCAAGGCUGAUUAUUGUUAUGUGUUUAGACGUAGAUAGAGAUUUCCCUGUGUUGAUUUUCAUGUUUUCACGCUUAGAAGUUAGCUGUAGUUCUUAGUCUCGAAUAGUUACAUUCCACAUCAUAUGCAUUUACUCAUCCAAUCUGAUUCAAAGGAAAUGUCUUCCAAUAGGUUAUAUUUUAUUAAGUGUAGCCUCAAUACCCAGUGUAUUCUGAAUUAUUUAUCUUAAUUAUGCUUGAUAUAUGAAAGUGUGCUUGCAACGAGGAUAAUACAUUACAAAAAAUUGUAAGCAUUUGUAUAAAAAUUAAUAACAGUUACCUCUAUUCAUUACGUGAGAUAUAAAAUGUUUGGGUCUGUUUUUAUAUCGUUGAAAUCCUAUCUCAUAAUGAUGGGCCUCCUGUUUUGAAUUUGUAAUAAUUUUGAAAGAGGAAUUCGUUAAUCGAAUUGUAAAACCGAAAGCUUUAAAACCCAUUACUAAGUCUGAAUAAUUUUAGUUUUUAAAUUAUAAAAUCAGUAAUCAUUUGUCCGAUAUAAUUUCGUUUAAAGACAGGCCCAAGAAUUUUAAUAUGUAUCUCUCCGUGACAGACCAACGAUUUUAUUGUACUUUUGCUUUUUAACAUAAAUUUUUAAUAUGAGCAACUUAUUAUAACUUAUUUGCCUGCAUGGUGAUGCGCAAAUAUAGACACUAUUUAGAGAAUGAAAUUCCGCCAGAAGAUGAAAUAAAAAAUAGUUCAUCUAGGAAUUAAUGGCCUUGAUUGGAAAAACUAUUUUAAAUUUUACUUUUAAUUUCCUUAAGAAUCGUUAAAUGGCAAUUGAUAUUUCUUAAUAAUAGAUCGGAUGGGACGGGGAUGGAUUUUCAAAUAACAGAUAAAAUGAUCAAUUGAUGCCACAAUUGAAUUCCAAGAUUAGGCCUAAAAUCAUUUUACUUUCUUUAACAAGUUAACCCAGCUAAAUAUACGUAGAAAUUUAUUCUACAUAUAAAUUUAUCAAGGUUCACAAUUAAUAUGAAUAACAUAUUACACAGUGUACAUAUUUGCGCAACAUCAAUCUAGAUAAUGGGAACAAUUAUUAUAUUGACGACUUGACGACCUAAUAUUUUUGACAUCUUUUUGACCUGUAGUGCAGGACGGAAUAAUUCAACUUAAAAUUUUCAUACAUGUACGUAUAUUACACAUUUUAUAUCAGUCUAAUUAUAUAGUUCUGAUCUAGUUUAGAACGUUUUUGCUAUAUUUUUGCUAUAUAGCGUCAGUAUUUUGGAUGCAACUUUUAAAUCUAUAGCAAUAUGUAAGAAUCAUGGACCCAGUAGGUAGGAAAAGGGAUACACCAAAGUUUUAUAUAAUUGGUAGAUGUUUUGGAGCUUAUACCGGUAACUUUAGCUACCAUUAGGGUUGAAUAUUUUUUUAUAGACGUAAAUAAAGUAGUAAUUAUCGUCCAAACAUCUUCUAUGCGUUCUCCUGCAUUGAUUAAAGGAAACUGUGACGGCCAGAUCUAAUAAUGUGACUUUUAAAUAUUUUUCUAUUUACACGGAAGGAAUAUAUUAAAUUCUCUUCUGUUCUCUAUUAUAAAAAAUCUUGCAUGUUCAUUAAAAUUAAUAGAAAUGUGUAUAUUAACAGGUUUUAAUAUGAGAUUAAUGCUUUCUAAACAGAACUGAUCUGAUUCACGCUUUUUGAUAACUAAAGAGAUAGAUUUAAUCAACUUUAACGUAGUAUCUCUAAUAAACUAUUGACAUCUUCGACUGUAGUUUAAACGGACGACAUAUAUUAUUUUGAAUUGUGGGUUAUAUUGCUCAAAUGAGGUUUCGAUAAACGAAUAAUUUAUUGUGUUUAAAUAAAUUUAUUUUUGUUUGUAUGGAUGCAGUGUCUAUGUAUUAUAUGUUUAUAAACUAUUAUUUGAUGAAAUUUAAAAUAACUAUCCUAUAUAAUUAGACGAUAAUUUAUUAAAGCACAUUUGUUUACGAUAGUGUAUCCUACAUUAGCGUUAAAAAUAUAUUUUAUAAAGUGUAAAAUAAAAGGCUUAUGAAUUAUUCGUAAAUGAGAUGCAAUACUCAAUAUUUAGAUGUAAUUUAUUUAUAGUAACUAUUUAAUCGCUAUUUGUAUAGGCGUUUUAAAUUAUACAUAGCCUUAAAUGAUAAUAAGCUCAUUUUAUAUCCCUCUCCUUAUUUUAACACAAUUCUACGUUAUUAUUUAUGCUUAUCAUUCUUAAUAGUAAAGGAUUAAAAACUUUAAAGUUGAAUUGUAUAAUAACAAUUUUACCCAUUUGGAAUUUAAGCGAAGAGUAGAUAUAAAGUCUCAUAUUUUAUUAUUGAUGAUCUAGAAUUAAUAAACAAUAAUUUAAAUAAAAUUAUUGUUGCUAUUUGACGACGAUAAAGCUCAAUAGAAAACCUAAACUGUCUUCAUGAUAUUUUAAUAACGAAACACAACUUUAUCGGAAAUGAAUGCUUGACCUAGAAAUAUAAGGGUUGGAAGUAUGCAAUCGAGUUUCACGAAACGAAGUUUUAUUCAUUGCUUUCUAAAAAGUAUUAAACGAAAACAUAUAAUAUCUACCAGAUUAAAAUUAGCAAAAACGAGUUUUAGCUUUUAAAAUUUAGAUCGUAUUUUAUUAAAAUUUGAAUUUUUUAUUCCUUUCUAAACCAUUCAUAUAUGACUACUGAACACCAAAAAAUUCUUCAAUGCCUUAAUUUUAUUGAAUUUUUAAAUGAUGCGUUUUUGAUUUUGUUUAAUGUAAUAGUGAUACUAGAUUAAUGUUUUUGAUUAUAUAUUUGUAUACUAUUUAUUGGUUUAGACGAUAUUGUGAAUAGUCUUAAGUCUUUGAUGUUUAACGUUUACAAAUAAAUUUUAAA